AUGGCGGUACCAUGGAGAGCUGUUCUUCUGACAAUUUGCAUUCUGCUCAUCCCAGCCGCCUUCGCAGCCGAAGCAUGGGAAGCGGACGCGGAUAUGAUGGAACUGCAGACAGAACUGCAUCAAUUAGAUCUCUCCGAGGACGAUACCCUCCCGCCCAUCGAAAUCGACACCUUUGAGCCCGUGAGAAGAGAACGCAUUCUUAAAUCCGCAAGCGCCGUGGACGAGGGAACUCCGUUAAACCGCACUACCGUGGGAGCGGCCAGCAAGCCGGAGAAGAGGAAGACCGGGGGACACAAGAAGAAGACAGGGGGUCACAAGAAGGGAGGCGGGCAUAAGAAGGGCGGCGGGCACAAGAAGGGGAAGGGGAAGAGCGCGACAGAGGCCCCUGCGACCAAGACACCCGUUGCACCCACCACGCCAGGCAAUUUCCCCAAACUACCAGUUGCAUCUGCAACCCCCCCCGCGGUUACUAAAACGCCCGUCGUUCCCAAGACACCCGUGGUUCCCAAGACGCCCGUGGUUCCUAAGACUCCCGUCGCUCCUAAGACGCCUGUCGUUCCUAAGACGCCCGUGGUUCCUAAGACGCCUGUGGUUCCUAAGACGCCUGUCGUUCCUAAGACGCCCGUGGCUCCUAAGUCGCCUGUCGUUCCUAAGACCCCCGUGGUUCCUAAGACGCCUGUGGUCCCUAAGACUCCUGUGGCUCCUAAGACGCCAGUGCUUCCUAAGGCUCCCGUCGCUCCUAAGACGCCUGUCGUUCCUAAGACGCCCGUCGUCCCCAAAACCCCUGUCGCCGUCGCAAAGAAGCCAGUCACGAAGCGUCCCAUCGCAGAAACCCCUUCGAAAACCCCCGUCGUUCUGCCGACGCACCCAGUCAUCCCCACGGCGCCACGUGUCCCACCCGUCGAGGACCCCCCCGUGGUGGGCACGCGCGUCGGCGUGUGGAACCUCCCCAACUUCAAGAACCUCCCCGUGGCUCUCAAGCCCGCGUUGAUCACGUGGCCGAGCACAACCGCCACGUGCGUGACUCUCCCGCGCGGAUUCUACGCGAAUCUGCACUCGGCGAAGGUGGUUUGGAACGCGGCGGAUAAGACGCACAACCACUUCAUCUGUCAGUCGGUUACGUUUUGGAUGAAGGCGGGGUGCACGGGCGGCGGAGUGUUCGUGAGCCUGCCUCUGCCCGCGGAUCCGAAUAAGUUCGACUAUCCGAUCUCUGCUGUGAAGGCGUUUCCUGCGGAGAACAGCCGCGCCGUCUCCGUCUCGUGCACUAUUGCCAAGAGCGCGUGUUCGACAGUCCGCUGCCCCGUCCACUCCAAAUGCACCGUGACUGCCGCCGGUGCUGCCGCGUGUACAUGCAAGCGCGGAUACACGUCCAUCGGCGGCAAGUGCAUCAACGUGUGCGCGUCCGUGACCUGCCCCGCGGGAGCGUCGUGCCAGGCCACCAACGGCAAAGCGCUCUGCAUCUGCCGCAGCGGCAGCCCGCCCGUCGGCGGCCUCUGCAAAGAGGCCACCGGCACCACCGCGGUUCUUGAGUACAUCAUGGGGCAUAAUGCCGCCCGCAGCGCCAUCGGCCUCGCGCCGCUCGCGUGGAACGCGUCAUUGGCGCUCCGCGCGCAGGGCUGGGCGCGCGUGCUGGCGCAGAAGCACCAGUGCAUGCAGCUCGAGCAUGGCGACACCAAGGGCGUGGGGCAGAACCUCUUCGCGGGCUGCUGUAACGGAUUCUACAAAAACGCGGACGCAGUGCAGGCGUGGGUGGAUGAGAUCAAGGAUUACAAGCACGGGAAAUACCCCAACUCGUGCCGCGCUGGGAAGCAGUGCGGGCACUACACGCAAGUGGUUUGGGAGACUACAAAGCAGGUUGGAACAGCUUGCACGCAAGCCGGUUCCCAACACGCCUCCUCUCCCUCUCUCGCCCCUCCUAACUCCUCCAUUCGCCCCAAUCCUCCCCGCGCUUCCUCCCUUCCAUAUCUCCCUGCUACACGCCCCCCCGUAGCCCCCAUUGCCCCCCCCAUCGGCCCCAUUGGCCCAAUCCCCCCCAUCCCCACACCCUCCCCAGCCACAGCAGUAUCUCUCCCUUCCCUCCUGCCACCGCCCCUCCGUCCACCGCUACCCCUCUGCCACCGCCCCUGCCACUGCCUCACCUCACCAGCAGCCACCCCCCUCUUCCCUGGUUCCCCCUCCCCCUGCCUCCGCUCGUUCGGCUCUUUGUCCCUCUUCUCAUGCUGCUCCUGCUCCUCCUCUCUACUGCCAGACCCCCAUUCCUGA